AUAUGUUUAUUCCAGUAGUAGAAAAAAAACUUGCUUAUAGUAAUCUCAUUGUGAUCACAUGAUACAUUAGAAAAAAGUGCCUGCCUUUUUAUAUUACUCUCUGCAACCUAUAAUGGAUAGUAUAAAAUUACUUAGAGGUAUCGGAUGUAUAGUACGCAUCCUACCAUAUAAAUAGUUGUACAGACUCGGAGAGGACUCGUCUGAGUAGUGUGAAAUUACCUUUAGUCCCUUGAAUUUAGUAGGAAUCCUUUAUGAACGUAGUAUUACUCUUUGUAGGAAUCAAAGGUAGGAAUAGUAAUUUUGAAAUGGUCACACAGGCAGUUUCGAUUUGACUUGUUUUGAUUUGAUCCAAAUAUAUAUUUAAAUCUUAAUUUUUAACGCAAUCGUUAUAGCAUAAUUAUCAAAAUAAUGAAUGGAUUUAUAGCUGUGCAUUGUGGUGCGGGCUAUCAUAGCGACUCUUUGAAGAAGGAAUACCAGAAAACGUGCUUUGUUGCCUGCAGAAAGGCAGUGGAAGCGCUCCGAGAAGGAGGCAAUGCUAUAGACGCUGUAGAAAAGGCUAUAAUAGAAUUAGAAAACAGCCCAUUGACAAAUGCCGGCUACGGUUCUAACCUUAGCUGGCAUGGUCAAGUUGAAUGUGAUGCAUCUAUUAUGAAUGGACAAACACUACAUUUUGGAGCUUGUGGUGCUGUGUCAAAUGUUUGGAAUCCUAUCAGCUUAGCAAAACAUCUGUGUGUUAAGCAAUGUGACAGUUUAUCUUUAGGACGUGUUCCACCGUGCAUACUCACAGGCAAUGGUGCACGUUCAUGGGCUGAAAGGAUGGGGCUAGAAAUAGUAGAUGACCGAAAAAUGGUCACAGCUCGAUCGUUUCGUAAUUACAAGCAUUGUAAAAGGAAGUUGAAGCGUUAUUCACUCCAGAAUGAUAUCAAAUUCAGCCCUCUAGAUACUGUGGGUGCUAUUUGUGUGGAUUCUAAUGGUGUUGUGGCAUCAGGAGCUAGCUCUGGUGGAGUUUCAUUAAAGCAUGAGGGAAGGGUUGGACAAGCGGCUUCAUUUGGCAGUGGCGUGUGGGCUGUGAUGAGCAGGGAUGGAGUGAAGCCCUCCAUAGCAGCGUGUACCUCAGGUUGUGGGGAACAUUUAAUCCGAACACAAUUAGCAAAGAACACAGCUGAGAGUUUACUAGAGACUUCACCAGUUCUGGGUUUGGAUAAAUGCUUUAAAGAAAAUUUCUUGGAAUCUCCAUUUUUGUGGGAUGUUCCUGAGAGACUAGGAGGCACAUUAGCAUUAAAAUUUGACCCUCAAGUUGGUGAAGGUGAACUAUUGUGGGGUCACACAACAAAAACUAUGUGUAUCGGAUAUAUGUCUACUGAAAAUGAUAGACCUAAGUGCAUAAUUUCUUAUCUUCCUCCAAAAGUGGAGCCUGGGCGUAAGGCAGUAGUGUCUGGUCAGCCAUUCAAAGUUCGAAUGCAGCAGUUCCCCAUGAUACAAUGGGAAAUCAAGACUGAUGUCAACGGAUCUCUUUGACUACUUAAGUGUAUCAUUUGUAUUAGUAAGUCUUUCCUCAUUAUGUAGUUAAUUUUUGCUAUAAGUAAUUAGAAAAUGUGUUAUGUAGUUAAAAUACUGCUUUUAGUCACUGAUUCUACAAUUUAGUGUACAAUAAAUAAUAAAGCACAUGUUCAUGCCAAA